ACAAGUACAAAUUAAUAGGCUCAGCUGCUCCAGCUCCCAGUCCUACCUCUACUACUGGAACAGAAGAUCUAAAAUAAAGGCUCAGAUGAUUAUGGAUUUUCUGAGUGAAAAGUUUGCCCUGAAAAACCAGCCCAGCAAAAACAGUGACUUUUAUAUGGGAGCUGGGGGCAAUUUGGAGCACGUUAUGGAAACUUUGGAUAGUGACUCAUUUUACAGCAAAAACCCAGCAAGCAAAUGUGUUCAGGCCUUUAAUGCCAUCCAAAGGAAUGAACAUCAUGUGAGAAUGGACAGAUCCUCUCCCUGUCAGGACAGUAAUGUGAACUACGGCAUUACCAAAGUAGAAGGCCAGUCUCUUCACACCGAGUUAAGCAGGUCCAUGGAUACUUGCUGCAGUCUGAGGGUAUCUCCGGUGAAAGGGAUUCAGGAUAAAGGAGAAUUGGAUGAACUUGGAGAUAAAUGCGACAGCAAUGUCUCAAGCAGCAAGAAGAGGAGACACCGCACAACCUUCACCAGCCUACAACUUGAGGAGCUGGAGAAGGUCUUCCAGAAGACACAUUACCCCGACGUGUACGUGAGGGAACAGCUAGCCCUGAGGACAGAGCUAACUGAGGCCAGGGUGCAGGUCUGGUUCCAAAACCGCAGGGCUAAGUGGAGAAAGAGAGAACGUUAUGGACAGAUACAACAAGCCAAAAGUCAUUUUGCUGCCACUUACGAUAUCUCUGUUUUACCAAGGACAGACAGCUACCCACAGAUUCAGAAUAAUUUGUGGACAGGGAACCCAGCUGGAGGAUCAGUGGUGACAUCUUGCAUGCUUCCUCGAGAACCUUCUUCUUGUAUGACUCCAUACUCCCAUUCCUCACGGAGUGACUCUUCAUACUCUGGCUUUGCAAACCAUCAGAACCAGUUUAGCCAUAUGCCUCUGAAUAAUUUCUUCACAGAAUCAUUAUUAUCAGGCUCUACAAAUGGACAUUCUUUUGAAACUAAACCAGAGUUUGAAAGGAGAUCAUCCAGCAUCGCAGUUCUUCGAAUGAAAGCUAAAGAGCAUGCAGCCAACAUUUCAUGGGCUAUGUAAAUGAAUCCAAUUUUUGUAAUAAGUAAAUCUGCGAAUACAAUCUAUUUUCUAGUAUUUAAAACAAUGUAUAAUACCAGUGUUGAAGUGGCCCUCAGGAUGUACAUGUUUGCUUUGUUUUGUCUAUAUACCCUUGUAAAAUAAAUCCUGUUUAAGCAAUAAACAUAUUAAACCUGACAAA